AAACUCAAAGCUCAGGCCUUUUGACGGGAGAAAAACGAAAGACAAAAGGAAAAGCUCCGGGGCCGUCACUCUCGGCAAAUCUUCCGCUCGCCGGCCGGCGGACGCCCUAUAACAGUCGGAUCCUUACAUGGCAAGCAACAACAGCAGCAAUCAGUCUCAGUCUCAGGCGCCGGGAUACCGCCCAUAUCGGCUGAAGAAAAUUCUCAAUUCCCACACGCGGGCUAUAUCGUGCGUGAAGUUCGCCAACAACGGCGAGCUCUUCGCUUCCUCUUCCUUAGACAAAACCCUAAUUGUCUGGUCCGCUGAAACCCUAACCCAAAUUUCCCGCCUCAUCGGUCACUCCGACGGCGUCUCCGACCUGGCCUGGUCCCCCGACUCCACCUACGUCUGCUCCGCUUCUGACGACCGCACCCUCCGCAUUUGGCGAGCACGCUCCGCCGAAUGCGUCAAAACUCUCCGCGGCCACACCGACUUCGUCUUCUGCGUCAAUUUUAACCCCCAGUCGAACCUCAUCGUUUCGGGCUCCUUCGACGAAACGGUUCGGGUAUGGGACGUGAAAACGGGCAAGUCGGUUCAUGUAAUUCGGGCCCACUCGAUGCCCGUCACAUCUGUGCAUUUUAAUAGGGACGGAUCGUUGAUAGUUUCGGGUAGUCAUGAUGGGUCUUGCAAGAUUUGGGAUGCCGCAAGUGGCUCGUGCCUUAUGACGCUUAUUGAUGAUAAGGUUCCGGCGGUGUCCUUCGCAAAGUUUUCACCUAAUGGCAAGUUUAUUCUGGUCGCCACUUUGGAUGAUACUCUUAGGUUGUGGAACUAUGCAGCUGGGAAGUCUUUGAAAGUGUACACCGGCCAUGUGAAUAGAUUAUAUUGUAUAGCGCCUACUUUCUCAGUCACAAAUGGGAAGUACAUUGUCAGUGGUUCAGAGGACAAAUGCGUCUGCAUUUGGGAUCUGCAAGGAAAGAAUAUGCUUCAGAAGCUUGAAGGGCACACUGAUGUUGUCAUCUCGGUCACUUGCCAUCCCAUUGAGAACAUGAUUGUUUCUGCUGGGCUUGAUAAUGAUAGGAGUCUGAGGAUAUGGGUUCAAGAUUAAGGAACUUGUGACAAUAGUUAAAAAGGUCAGUUUUGAUCGUCCAAUCCUGUAAAUGUACAAAUACUAUUGCAGUUGAAAAUUUGAGCUUUAUAAGGCUUUGUGUCUUUAUUGAUACUCUAUUAGGUUUUGCUUAAAUGCUACAUAGGAUUUCAUCUUCUACUCCAUUUGGACCGACAAAAUAAUUCUUGCUAUUUUUACCGUGUUCAAUUGGUAUCUUCAACUUCA